AAAUAAGCACGAGCAAUGAGCAUAAUAAAUAAAUAGUAAUAACAUUAUUAUUAUACAUACGGUCGUGUCGUGUUCGUGUUUUCUUUAUGUCCCCUAUGGUGUUGUAAACAUUCACACUGAUAGAGAAUGGUACAACAAAGGCCUUUUAUUUAUUAGUUUAUAACUCCCCCGUUGUCGCGUCGUUGCGUAGUGCGUACAUAAGUGCAUUAUAUUAUCGUAAUUGGACGUUCAUUAUUUCAUUAUUUUUUGCUGAGUAGUGGAGUACUGUACAUCACCCCCCACAUGACAUAACACAAUAUUUGAUCAUUCUGUGCGCACAGGAAACGGCCGAGACAUCUUUGACGUUGUUUUUUAAUCAAUACAUUUUAAUAUUAUGGUCGAUUGGAUGGUCUAAAAUACAAAUCGCAACAAAAAAAGUUUCUUAGUUUUGACAAUUCAAAAAUGGAGGAAAAUCAUCCAGGCUCGUCAUCUAUUGUAAGAGACAAUCAUGAAGACGAUUGCAAAGUAACAUGGACACAUCCAAGUCAUAUUUUUCAACGACUUAUAGCAUUAUUUUUGAUGUGCCUAAUUGGAUUUGGUUCAUAUUUUUGUUUUGAUAAUCCUGGAGCAUUACAAGAUGAUUUUAUUCAAGAUAUGAAUCUAACAACUUCUCAAUUUGUCUAUCUGUAUUCGUGGUAUUCAUGGCCAAAUGUUGUAAUGUGCUUUAUUGGCGGAUUUUUAAUUGACAGUGUUUUUGGGAUACGUUUAGGUACCAUAAUCUAUGCAUUGUUGGUUGUUCUUGGCCAAAUAGUAUUUGCUGCUGGAGCAUAUUUAAAUGCCCUCUGGAUUAUGAUAAUUGGCCGUCUGAUAUUUGGUAUUGGUGGAGAAUCAUUGGCUGUUGCUCAAAACAACUAUGCUGUACUGUGGUUUAAAGGAAAAGAACUGAAUAUGGUGUUUGGAUUUCAAAUAAGUUUUGCUAGAGUUGGUUCAACGGUGAAUUUUAUAGUUAUGGAACCAUUAUAUCGAUAUGUGAAAAAGCAAAUAAAUAUCCCUAACUAUCAAAGUUUAUCAAUUGUUUUGUUAGUUGCAAGUUUGACCUGUGUUUUAUCAUUGCUAAGUGCCUUAUUACUUGCUUGGCAAGAUAAAAGAGCCGAAAAACUACUUCAUCGGAAAACCCCUGAAGCUACUGAAGUUGUAAAAAUGUCUGAUGUGCGAUACUUUCCAAAAGUUUUUUGGAUAGUUACAUUCAUUAUUGUCUUCUAUUACACAUCAAUUUUUCCGUUUGUUGCAUUAGGAAAAGUAUUCUUUGAAAAAAAGUAUAACUUUUCACCAGAUUCAGCCAAUUUGAUUAAUGGGAUUAUUUACAUAAUAUCAUCAAUCUGCGCACCAGGACUUGGUUUAGUUAUAGAUAAAACUGGAAGAAAUCUAUUUUGGGUAUUUAUAUCAAUUCUUGGUACCUUGAUUUCGCAUAUGUUCUUGGCAUUUACAUUUGUGAACCCUUAUAUUGCCAUGUUCACAAUGGGAUUAUCUUACUCAAUGUUGGCAAGUGCAUUAUGGCCUCUGAUUGCUAUGGUUAUUCCUGAACAUCAAAUGGGAACAGCAUAUGGCAUAGCACAGUCUGUUGAAAAUCUUGGUCUUGCUGUCGUUGCUUUAUUAAGUGGUAUAAUAGUUGAUUCAGAUGGUUACUAUAUGGUGGAAUUAUUCUUCUGUCUUUUAUUAUCAGCUGCUUUAUUGCUGACAGCUAUUUUGUGGACCUGUGACUCUAUGAAUAAAGGAAUUUUAAAUAUGAGUAUUAAACAAAGAAAUCAACUUGAAUCAAACAAACCACCUUGUCCGGAAAAACAAAAUCUUUUACAAAAUAAUGACAUUACUGAAGACUAAAUAUUAACCUUUACUUUUAAGUUACUUUUUUAUAAGGAAGAAAUUAAUCUUUGAACAAUAUACUAUCCUUAAAUAAAUAAAUCGCAACUUAUACGGAUUUAUUAAUAUCAUAUAUAUAUAAUAAUAAAUAUAUUUAUAAACCAUAUUAUAUUAAAUUUACUUAAACAUUGUAAGCAAAUUGCACAUGCAAAAACAAAUUUAAGCAGUAUGAGUUUUUUUUUUAACAUAGAAGACUUAUUAUUUUAAAAUAUUUAUGAUUUUAUUUUAUAUUGUUUUAAUUACAUUGAAAUGUAUUUUAUUUCUUAAAUAUUUAACUGUGAAUUAUAAUUUAUUAUUAAAAAAAUAGCCGUGUCUGUCAAACUGAUGCUAGCAUAAUAGUAUUGAAUGUGGUAUUAAACCUGAAGUUUUUAAAUGACUUACUCUGGCUUUUCACAUAGAUUAUUUUUAUCAAUGAGCAUACAUUUUUCUGUCAAUGAUUGAUUCAAAUAUUUCUUCUUUUUUAUUUUAGUUUUUAUAUUAUUAUAUUUAAUAUACCUAUUAUAAAAUAUUAUUUUAUAAAUUAUAACAUCAGUAAUACAAUUUUAAAUAAUUGUUUGAUUACAACUUUAUGUUUCUAAAUUUCUUAUUUUAACAUAAAAAUAAUAUAUUAAAACUAAAACUACACAUUUUAACUAUUAAUAACAUAUUUUUAAUUUUGGAAAAAUAGUUAACUGACUUAUUAUUGAGCACUAAUUAUAAUAGUUUUAAAAAAAAAACAAAUGAACUUCAAACGUUGAGAUGAAAGAAUUUAUAUUAUUUUCUUGCUCUCCCCUACUCUAACUUAAAAGAUUCAGAAUUCUGUGUUAUUGAACAAAACUAAAAAGAGAAAGAUUAAUAAAUAAUUAUUUUGAUAUAAUAAGUCUGAUGUUAAAAACUUCAUCUGUACAACAUAAUCAAAACAAUAUAUUUCAUAAUAUUGUUACCUAUUUACUAUAUAACUUUUUCAUAAAAAUAACAUAAUCAAAUUUGAGUUUUUUGUUUACUAAAAUUAUUAUAAUUUGAUUAAAUAAGUUUUACGCUUUAGAUUGUUAUCAUUUUUAUACAAAUAUUUUGUAAUCAAAAGUCUGUAAAACAUUUAUUUAUAAGGAAACUAAAUGUGCAAAGUACCUAAUAAUUAUAUUAUUAUGUUUCAAAUACUAGCACAUAAUUUUCAUAGACUAAUUGAAUAUGUGUUACUUGUAAUCAUUAGGGAACAUAUUAUUAUUUUCUCUUGUAUUAUUGUCAUUCCUUUUUUAUAUGUUACGUAUUAUUGUGUUAAUAAUAUUAUGCGAUUAGUUUUAAUUAUGUUACUUAUGUGUUAUACAUGUUUAACUAUAUCAUAAUACAUAGGUAAGUAGUGAUAUUAUUUAAAUUACUACCUAUGAUACUAUAUAUUAUAUUUAAUGUUUGUGGUAUAGAUUUCCAUAGUGGUACUUAAUUGAUUUUCUCAUUAAAUAAGUCGACAGUUUGCUUAAAUUGAAUUAAAAAUGUAAUCUAAGUUAUAAGAUUACUAUUAAAAUAUACUUUAUUGAUGUAAAGACUCUUGAUUGGUCGACUAUAAAAACUUAUUUUACCUGCAAAAUUAUUCAUAAAAUAAAGACAUUUUAAAACUAAUACAA